AUGUCACCGUCUUUUCUGGAAAUUCCUGAUGUUCCAAUGGAAAAGAUAAUGAAUAAUUUGGAUUAUAUUGCAAUCCAAUCCGUUCGCAAAACUUGUUGGGACUUAAGGAACUUUAUUGAUGACAAGAAACCGGGAAUCGGCAUGAAACAAAUCAACUGUGAAACUUUGGGUGCAAAAAAACUGGUGUUCUUUGCUCCCUUCUUUGGGCUUCCAAAUGUAGACUUCAACUUAACCUAUGAAGGACAUGGGAACGGAUGCAGAAUAUCGUUAAAAGCGAUUAGUGGAUCCAAAAUUAAAUUUGUGGAGAACUUGAACCAUCUGGAUGCGGUUUUUCAUGAUUUCAAAGUUGCCCUUAACUCUCAAAAGCCACCAUUCGAGAGGAUCACUGUAAAUACAAAGUACUUUUUUGAAAAAUUCGAAGAAGUGAUGAAGUCACAAAAACCAUUUGCAACUGAAUCUAUCGUAAUCAACGCGGGUUCACAGGAACUCGCCCGUCAAAUCAUACAGCAUGCGGACCCAAAAUAUCUCAAGUCUAUCGAAUAUUACAAUGCGCCCAUCACCAUUAUUUGGCAAUAUAGACGUGGAGACGUUACGAGCAAUAAAAGAGGUUUGUCUGCUCGUCCAGAUGUCCAUAUAUCAAUUUUUCAGAACUUUCUUCAAUUCCAUGAGUACGAUAAGUACUUGUGGGUGCUCAAAGAGGUCCGAGAGAACUUGUUCAUUAACGCUUUCGGUGCAUCUUUCGAGUCGCUUGGAGAGAUUGGGAAAAUUUGGUACUUCAAUGUUAAUGACAACAAAGAAAAAGUACUUAAGCAUCAUUUGGAUUGCAUUUCUUUUGAAAAUGAUUUGGAUGAUGGUGGAGGUUGUGUGGAUUUGGAUUCGGUUGUCGUAGAGAUGUUCAUGCUGGAAAAAGUCAAGAUUCUGAAAUUAGAAACGGAGGAAUCUGGCCCACCUGAGACGCGUUUUUAA